AAAAUUUUCAGUGCAGAAAAGUUUUUUAUUCAUGCUGCAUGGUGUGAUUUAGCUUGCUGAGCACUAUGGCCCCACGUAUAUGCUUUGAUGUGUCCAAGCUCAUUCAAUUUGUCGGAUCCCGUCCGGUCAUCUGGGAUACAUCCCUGUAAGUUAAUAAAGAUCGCGUUGCAAAGGAGGAGGCUUGGACAGAAAUAUUCCUAAAUCUUUUUCAGGAUUGGGAUAGUAAGACUGCCCGGGAGCAGGGAGCAAUUGAAAUGCAAGUCACGAAAAGGUGGCGUUCUGUGCGUGACAGCUUUCGCAAACACCAGCUAAAAAAGGCCAGAAGUGGAAGUGGGGGAGAUACUGGCGCAACAUACAAAUAUUACAAUCAACUACUGUUUCUGCUGUCCAGUCGGGAAUUGAGAAGGACUUCAAGUAAUGUAGACUUUCAGUCUGAGGACGAGGUUGUGGAAGGAGCCAAUACAACCCCCGAGGAACAGAACAUCACCACCACAGACGAUCCACAAGUCAGUGGUGAUGAAGAGGAGGUGGAGAUUCCCAUAAGCCAGCCAGCCUCUGAACAGCCAAUUGAAAUGUCCCAGUCUCAAGAAAUUGUUGAAGAUAGUGAUGUACCUGGGCCAAGUGGGGUUCAACCGUCAAGGUUGACACCCCCUGACCUUAGAAGAAUCCCCCUUCUGACCAGGAGGGCAACAGCAAGGGCAGCACUGCGGAGGAGGUUGAGGCCAGAACAUGACCUCAAUGAGGAAAUCAUUUCCUUAAUCCACCGGCAAAGAUCAGAAGACGGCAGUGACGCCUUCGGCCAAGCUAUUGCUGAGAGGCUGCGUACAUUGCCAGUUCAACAACGAACGCGAUGCAUGUCGUUCAUGUUGGGGUGCAUUGAUUAUUUUGAUGAGCCUUAUGUAGCUCCUCCAAUUCCCACACUCUUGUCCUAUAUGAUGGAGCGCUGCAGCCCCCCCACAACCAGAAAUGCAGAACGCUCACAACUUGAUUCAAGCACUCAGACUGAGUGGCAGAAGAGUCCCUAUGGUAAUCGUCCACUUGUUCAAAGGUAUUUACCACAGGAACAGUACUAAGCUAAUGUUCCAGAAGGAACAUAUUCCUUUGGUGACCCUUACCAUGUCCCUUCUAACCCUACUCCUUACAUUCGCCCUCAGCGGCAUGAGUCCGACAGCUAAUCAGACUUUACCCUAC